AUGCGUCAUCUACUCACUGAAAAGGUGCUCACGAUGUGGCUGGCGCUGUGCCCGAGCCGGAAGUGGAGGCCUGGGCUCCGGUGCCCCAGGGCAGGGGAUAUGAAGGCAAGGAAGCCGGCAGCCUUCUUCGUGGAACUCGCCCUCGGAAAUGUGGCAACAGCGGGAUGCUCGCUGCCCCAGAGGCAGAGGGCGCGGCAGAGCACACGACAGAGUGGCGAGAGGCCUUCUGUUCCAGGUGCCAAAGCCACAGCUUCCCCAAACGCCAGCCUGGUGCUGCAGGAAGUGGGGAGAGACCGCCUCGCCCAGAGCUCGGGAGAUUAG